AUGGGCACUAACAGGACGAAUAGUACUAAUGCUAGCAUUCAUUCUCAUGCUCAGUCAAGUCAAGACAAUUCCAGGUCUUUCGGAUCAAAUGACUGGAUUAACUAUGCCUGUCAACUCGCCAUUUCAACUUCAGAGCCUGGAGCCAAGACCAAGCUUAAUUCUCUAAUGUCUGAAGCCAAUCAACGCUACUUACAUCAUUUCAAUGACCGAUAUCAAUCAACUCUUAUCGCAACACGCAACCAUACUUUCGACCGGCUACAUCGGCUUCUUCAGACAGCUGCAAUAGCUCCUUCCAGCUGCAUUUCUACUCGACUUGGUAUGAGUAGUCGCUUUGUCCAAGAACCAAUGCUUCUAAGCCUUUCUUUGGACAGUUCAGAUCCCAUCACUUAUAGACAAGCUGGCGCACAAUGUCCUUCAGUCCCAAUCAUUCGAUGUUUCAAACAGGGGAUAGAAGAGACCAGCCAACCUCCACAAUCAGCAAACUCUGACUCGUCUUCGUCACAUGCUUCUGCCCACAGAUAUCAUUCUCGAAACCACUCGGCUCAUAGAGACUCAUCUAAUUUAGGCAAUGAGACAAGUACAAACAUGGAUACCCACAACAAUAGCAAUAGCAUCAGUCGUGAAAAUCUUUGCUCAUCAAUCCCUUCUCAUUUGCGUGCACCGACCUCUAAAUCAAAACCUACUAUGCCUACGUCGUUUAUGCGCUCCAAUAUUUCAUUGUCCUCUAUAACCGUAUCAACUAGGACGAAGGGCGAAUCCGAGGAGUCAUCAUCAUCAGCUUCCUCUUCUUCUUCCUCUAAUUCAUCGUCUUCAUCAACUUCAUCAUCUUCUGGAGGGUCUGAUUCGAAAAACAAUCUAAAACCUCAGAAUACAGCAUACGUUGGUGCAGGAAUAUCAACCUCUGCACUUUUAUUUUCAACUAGCCAGGAAUUUAGUCAGAUCUGGUCCCAAACUACUGCGUUCUUACACCGAACCUUUUCGCCUACAUAUCGAGUCGGAAAUCUUUAUCUUGAAUCAUGGACUAAUGGAACACAAAAGCGUGGACUAGAGAGAUUCAAAACAAGUCUUUUGCGAGGUGAUGCAUUCUUGCUGGUUCGGAACGUGACUAUACAGCUUAAGGAUUUACUCAAAAGGACAAUCGCAGAGGCUGCAGAAUUAGAGCGCCGGCAGGCACAGGUCCUUGAAGAUAAGAAACGGCGUGCAGUACUGACACAUACCAAAAAACCCAAUGCAUCAUCCAAAGACAACAGUGAUGGUGCGAACAAUCAAUCGGAUAGUAACAACGUUAAUAAUGGAAACUCACGGACACAGUAG